AUGCCUACAUACGUGAUCAUGGAGAAUGAAAUGAACGCGCUCACUCUUGCACGCGUCCUUCUCUGCGUGAGCGAUUUGCAACGACGAGCAGAAGUGCUGUCUAAAGGCAACAUGAGGUCCAGGCUAGCGAAGAAGCCCUGGAUUGAGGACAGCUACGACCUGUCAGACAUCCACGCGAUUUUGGAUUUUGGGACGUACUCUGACAUCGGCAACGGGUCGGCGCUGAUCACGGUUGAACUCCUGAAAGUCAUGUUCGCGCUAUACUACCCCAAGAGACUAUCUACUACGAGAGUGCCAUUCUUGGUGCAAGAUGGGCCGCGGGGAAUGCAAGGUUAG